UUAUCAGUUUUGCAUCUCCGGGACGACGUGCCAAGAACUACACGUGCCAAAGUCAUUCAAGAAAUGACAAAAGAGUACAGUAAAAUGAGUAAGGCCUCAGCUGAAUCUACAGACCAAAUGAUGGAGGAGGAAGUAGGUCAGCCUCCGAUUACAGACCAGAUGAUGGAGGAGGAGGAAGUAGAUCAACAUCCGAUUACAGACCAGAUGAUGGAGGAGGAGGAGGAACCUGGGAGCUCAGCAGAGACUGAGAGACCCUCCUCUUCUCACACCAAGAGGAAGCCUGCUGUCGCAGCCAAGCACACUGGAGGGAAUAAGUCUGACGCCUCGGACGAGAGUGGACAGGAAGAUGGAGCCUCUGACAACCUCUCAGAUGAUACCACUCUGCAGGAGAGAAUAGACUGCACCGCCUGUGGACAGCAGGUUAACCACUUCCAGCGCCACUCAGUGUUUGAGCACCCCAUGCUCCAUGUGCUCCUCUGCAAGUCGUGCUAUAAGUAUUACACCAGCGAUGACAUCAAUAAAGACGAGGACGGCAUGGACGAACAGUGCAGGUGGUGUGCUGAAGGCGGUAACCUGAUCUGCUGUGACUACUGCCACAACGCCUUCUGUAAGAAGUGCGUCCUGCGUAACCUGGGGCGCAAGGAGCUGUCCAUGAUCACCGACGACGACAGUAAAUGGUCCUGCUAUAUCUGCAGCCCUCAGCCCCUCUCAGACAUCGCCUCCAACUGCUCCAACAUCAUGACCAAGCUGGAGAGCUUCUGGCGCACGGGACGCAAGAAAGAGAGGGAGGUGAAAGGGCACAGUAAGGGUAAAGGUCACCACCGCCAUGGUAAAGCUGUGGUGAAUGGUAAGGAGCAUUCAGAUGGGUCAGGGACCCUCACCUUCUCCUAUAAGACCCUGAAGGUCCUCAAGGAGCUGGUGAAGGGGACCAAGAAGCUGAUUGAGAAGACCACAGGGCUCAACAACACCUUCAUCCAGCAGGCUGAGGAGGAGCAGGGAGGAGGUGGCAGCGGGACCAGACACCUCAAGGCCUUCAGGUCUGUUUUGGCUGACCUGAAGAAGGCCCAUGCUGCCCUAGAGGAGGACUUGGAGUCACAGUUCAUUUCCCCGGACCAGGGGCUGCAGAACGGGGAUGCUGUCUCCAACACCGACGGCCACGACCAGAUUGACAACAUGGUUGAGGAUGGACAGGAGGCAGAAGAGGAUAAAAUGGCCGACACUGAGGAUGGGGAGGAGCUAGAGGAGGAUGGGGGCUUGUCAGAGGACGCAGAGAUGGAGGGGAGCCCUGCGCCUCAGGACCACUCGGACACAGAGACAGACAGCCAGGCCAAAGACCAGACAGCAGUGGAGGAGGAGGAGGAGGAUGACCGGGAUAAAGACAUUGCGUCCGUCGGGCCGUCCGUCCCUGACGAGCUCUUCCAAAUGGUAGAGAGUCUGGCGGACUCCGCAGGGUUGACGCCCGGCAACGACGCCAUGGAACCCACAGCUGCUAGCCAAUCCAAGAGCCCCGCCGCCGGCUCAAACAGGAAGUCACUUGAAACCCAUAAGGAGAAGGCCAUGCCCAAGGUGAAGAACCUGAUCGUGAAGCUGACACCCGUUCCCGUGGUUACCACACGCACCUCCAGGUCUAAGAGCAAGGAUAAGGAUGGAGGGAAGGAGAGGAGUAAGGAUGGAGGGAAGGAGAGGAGUAAGGAUGGAGGGAAGGAGAAGAGUGAGGUGGAAGAAGGUGGGGGCUCUGAGGAGGACAGCCGCCACUCCAGCCAGAAGAAGCUGGCGGCCAAACGCAAACUGAAAGCCGACGAUUCAGACAACUCAGAGUCCGACUCAGACGAAGACGCGAAGAAGAAGUCUUCCACGGCUUCUGCCAAAAAGACAUCCAAGAAGAAGAACUCGGACGGCUCCUCUAACUCCGACUCUGACCUGGAGAAGGAGAUGAAGGGACUCAGCAAACUGGGGCCGGGGAAACGGAGGAGCAGCCGCGUGAAGAAAGAAAGAGAGGAGAAGGAGAACAAGGGCGGGGAUCGGAGGCGGUCGUACGAACUGAAACGCAAAGCCAGAGGUAGAGGAGCCAAGCAACAAGAUUCAUCGUCUGAUGACGUGGAGGAGGAGGGAGGAGGAGGGUCUGGAGAGGAGAGUGGAGACCAGCAGAAGAUUAAACCCAUCGUGGAGGAGACGGUGGUAGCAGGGAGGGGAACCUUCCACCAGUCCUCAGGAGAUGAAGGUAAACAUGACGCCUCUCAGAUGGCUGAUGAGGAGGACGAUGAUCCAGAGAACAGAAUUGUCAAGAAGAUGCUGGCCCAGAUCAAGGCUAACUCCUCUUCAGGAGCGGAGGAGAGCUCUGACGAGGACGGAGAUGGAGAAGAGAAGGAACAGAAGAAGGGGAAGGAAGGAGAGGAGCAGGAGGAGGAUGACGAUGAUGAUGAAGGGGGCUCUGACGUGGACGUGAAGACGAUUGUGGGGCGUCGCCACCGGCUGCUCCCCCACAAACUGACGCUGUACGAAGUGGAGUCGGGAGAGAAGGAGAAACCAGCCAGCAAGGGGAAGAAGGAGACCAAGAGGAACAGACGGAAAGUGGGUAGUGAUGACUCAGCAGACUCAGACUUUAAGGAGUCAGCGAGCAGCAGUGAGUCAGGAGUUAGUGAGGAGAUCAGUGAGGAGAUCAGUGAGAUGGAGGAGUCGUUGUCAGAGGAGGAGGAGUCGGAGUCUGAGAAGGAAGGCAGUAGCCACAGGAGGAUCACGCGCUCCUCCGAGAAGAAGAAGAAGGAGGAGAGGAGCUUCGCCCAGAAGAAGAAACGGCGUCGUAUCAAGGUCCAGGAUUCUUCAUCUGACGAGAAGAGCGGGUCAGGAGAGGACGGCUCGGGGAAGGAGGAUGGAGACACACCUAAAGGACAGAGGAAGAAGAUCAGAAAAAUCCUCAAGGACGACAAGCUGAGGAUGGAAACGAGGGAUGCCCUGAAGGAGGAGGAGGAGAGGAGGAGACGCAUCUCGGAGAGGGAGCAGCUCGGGGAGAAACUCAGAGAGGUACUCGUGGUGGAGGAGGCGUCUGCCGUGGCUUGUCCAAUCACAACCAAGCUGGUGCUGGAUGUAGACGAGGAGACCAAGGAGCCCAUGGUGCAGGUCCACCGCAAUCUGGUCACUAAACUCAAACCACACCAGGUCGACGGAGAGGAAGGUAAACAUGACGCCUCUCAGAUGGCUGAUGAGGAGGACGAUGAUCCAGAGAACAGAAUUGCCCAGAUGCUGCUGGCCCAGAUCAAGGCUAACUACUCUUCAGGAGCGGAGGAGAGCUCUGACGAGGACGGAGAUGGAGAAGAGAAGGAACAGAAGAAGGGGAAGGGAGGAGAGGAGCAGGAGGAGGACGACGAUGAUGAUGAAUGGGGCUCUGGCUCUGACGUGGACGUGAAGACGAUUGUGGGGCGUCGCCACCGGCUGCUCCGCCACAAACUGACGCUGCACGAAGUGGAGUCGGGAGAGAAGGAGAAACCAGCCAGCAAGGGGAAGAAGGAGACCAAGAGGACCAGACGGAAAGUGGGUAGUGAUGACUCAGCAGACUCAGACUUUAAGGAGGCAGCUAGCAGCAGUGAGUCAGGAGUUAGUGAGGAGAUCAGUGAGAAGGAAUCGUCGUCAGAGGAGGAGUCGGAGUCUGAGAAGGAAGGCAGUAGCCACAGGAGGAUCACGCGCUCCUCCGAGAAGAAGAAGGAGGAGAGGAGCUACGCCCAGAAGAAGAAACGGCGUCGUAUCAAGGUCCAGGAUUCUUCAUCUGACGAGAAGAGCGGGUCAGGAGAGGACGGCUCGGGGAAGGAGGAUGGAGACACACCUAAAGGACAGAGGAAGAAGAUCAGAAAAAUCCUCAAGGACGACAAGCUGAGGAUGGAAACGAGGGAUGCCCUGAAGGAGGAGGAGGAGAGGAGGAGACGCAUCUCUGAGAGGGAGCAGCUCGGGGAGAAACUCAGAGAGGUACUCGUGGUGGAGGAGGCGUCUGCCGUGGCUUGUCCAAUCACAACCAAGCUGGUGCUGGAUGUAGACGAGGAGACCAAGGAGCCCAUGGUGCAGGUCCACCGCAAUCUGGUCACUAAACUCAAACCACACCAGGUCGACGGGGUCCAGUUCAUGUGGGACUGCUGUUGUGAGUCGGUGAAGAAAACCAGCAAGAACUCUGGUUCUGGAUGUAUCCUGGCUCACUGUAUGGGCCUGGGAAAAACACUGCAGGUGGUAACCCUACUCCACACACUACUGCUGUGUGAAAAGUUAGACUUUUCCACGGCUCUGAUCGUCUGUCCUCUCAACACGGUUCUCAACUGGCUCAAUGAGUUUGAGAAGUGGCCGUACGGCUUCAAGGACAAGGAGAGUUUAGAGGUGACGGAGCUGGCCACGGUGAAGCGACCUCAGGAGAGAGCGGCUGCUCUGCAGCAGUGGCAGGAGGAUGGAGGGAUCAUGAUCAUUGGCUAUGAGAUGUACCGUAACCUCACACAGGGUAGAAACAUCAAGAGCAAGAAACUCAAAGAGACCUUCCAGAAGACCCUGGUUGACCCAGGCCCAGACUUUGUGAUCUGUGAUGAGGGCCACAUCUUGAAGAACGAAGCGUCGGCCAUCUCUAAAGCCAUGAACUCCAUCAAGACCCGACGGAGAGUGGUGCUCACCGGCACACCACUGCAGAACAACCUCAUAGAGUGUAUGUCCGUUACUUCCUGUUAUAUCCAGACCGCUAGCCUACAGGGCAUUGGGAAAGUAUUCUGACCCCUGCACUCUUAACACAUUUUGUUACGUUACAGCCUUACUCAAAUGGAUUCCCCCCUCAUCAAUCUACACAU